AGGGAUUUAACUCAAGUGAUGUUGAACCGACGUCUUGUGAGAGUGAGGAAUGCCCUGGUGCGAGAGUGCAUGGCUGAGAUCUUGGGAACUUUCGUCUUGCUGCUCUUCGGCUGCUCUGCUGCAGCGCAGGUGAAGACGAGCAGAGAGACUAAAGGCCAGUUCCUGUCGGUCAACAUGGCCUUCUCUGUGGGCGUCAUGGCGGCUAUGUACCUCACCAAGGGCAUCACAGGUGCUCAUCUGAACCCGGCGGUGACUCUGAGUUUCUGUGUGCUGGGUCAGGUGCCCUGGGGAAGACUGGUGCCCUACUGCCUCUCCCAGGUGCUGGGGGCUUAUCUGGCAUCAGGGCUCGUCUACCUGGUCUACUAUGAUGCUAUAAUGGAGUUUAGUGGAGGAGUCUUGACUGUAUACGGCCCAAAUGAGACAGCGUCUAUAUUUGCCACAUAUCCUUCAGAGUACCUUACUUUGGGCAGGAGUUUCCUUGACCAGGUCGUGGGCACUGGUAUGCUGAUGUUGUGCAUCCUGUGUCUGGGUGAAAAGAGGAAUACCCCGGCUCCCUCUGAGCUGAUUCCCCCUAUAGUGGCAGUGAUCGUCCUUGGGAUCUCCAUGUCAAUGUCAGCCAACUGUGGCGCUGCAAUAAAUCCUGCUCGGGACCUGGGGCCGCGACUCUUCACACUGACUGCAGGCUGGGGCACUGAAGUCUUCACGUGUUACAACUACUGGUUCUGGGUGCCCGUGGUUGCCCCACUUAUCGGGGGUGUUAUAGGUUCUUUCAUGUAUUUGAUCUUCAUUCACUGGCACCUGCCUGACCCCGACCCCCCCGAGAGCCUCUCCCCUGUCUCCACCAGCAGUGAAAAAAUGAAUGAGCCCAGCACCACGUGGGACAACGGAGUAGAGUUAAAGUCUGCACAUCUCUAAGUGUUACUGUAAUCAUGACCAUUACAGACAGGUAAAGACGGUAAUCUGGUUGUGAAUUAUAAUUGAGAAAGCAGAAGAGAAUAUUUGAGUUUUGCAACUGUCAAGAUGCACACACACACAUCUCUGUCUUCUUCUGUUGGAGAAAUAACAGAAAUAUCUUAUUAUUUACAUACUGUCUGAUCUAUCCUGAACUUUUUAAACACAGCCAGUAGACGUGGAGGCAGCUGAGAGAGAUAUUGAUUGUGUGAUAAUGCUGUUUACAUUGAUGUCUGUAUUGUUUAUCAUAUUGAUCUUUUUUUUUUCUUAAAUUGUAUUACUGAGUUGUAUUUACUUUUUAUGAAAUGCCAUAAUGGAUAUUGAGCACAUGUUAAGCUGAUUUAAUAAAACUUUUACUCUGAGAAAACUCUUAAUUAUAGAUUUAUUCAACUUACGUCAGGACUUCAACAAGGCGUUUCAGGCAGUUCAGGAGCAGUGUUUCUGUUUGCUUUGGGCUUUGUGACUUUGAAAACAUUUUACAUGCACAAAAAAACGAUAUAACACACUAAAGGAAAGGAGGAAAAGCACAAAAGCAUAGUUCCUCUUUAAACAUACCUACAUUGUGGCAUUCCAUUUUCAAAAAUUAC